AUGCCUACAGACUCUAAAGCACAAGCUUUGCUAAUAAUAGAGCAGAUAUAUCUCGAUAUCCACCUUGCAUCUCAGCCAAAGAAUGAAAAUUCAACAGAUUGCAGCCUAGCGACCCCUAACAUCUUCAUGGACACAGCAGAACGCAUCCUCAAAUCCGUCAGCGAAGCAAUGAUGCGGCAAGAAGAUCCAUGCAGCAUGCAGCUGCAACGCCUUAUAGAUCUAGGCAAAUCACUAGGCUGGAUGAUGCUAGCUAUCUGCAGCCACUCAACGCACUUCGCCGAUGCUGCCAACGACAACGAUAAGCUCUGGCAGGAACUUUACACUCUAAUCGGCUCAAACGCCAUCAGUAUCGAACUUUUUGCGAAAACCCGCCGCCUGAGCUGGCAUCCCAUCCUCCCCCGCGCGCUCCGGCCAGGUGAAGGGGGAAAAUUAGCAGUCAAUCCACGGGAACCGUACCCCUACGUCAUCAAACUAGAUGCAUGCGCCAUCUACCACCCCAAAUACUACGGUCUGAAACAGCAAAACAUCACCAAAUCAGUCUACAUGACUACAGAGGGCUUCGAUCCUUCCCAGAACCUCCGUCGCCAACCUGGUGAUGGAAACUGCGCUAUGUGCGGAAGCCCACAGCUAUGCGCAUGCGAUAUACAACUAGCAGAUGAAACAAAUCCACUCCUCGAGCUGCGCGAGUACCCAGACCGCGGCGUCGGUGUCCGUAGCCUCCGCUCCAUCAAAGCAGGUACGUACAUAGGCCAGUAUGUCGGUGAAAUCCGCGAGCCGGCGGCUCGUAAAGGUACUACAUACGCACUCCAUCAUACCCUACGUAACCGGUCAAUUGGCGUCAUCGAUGCAGCCAUUUAUGGGAAUUGGACUAGGUACAUGAACCACUCGUGUCGGACAGGGGUAAUUUUCGUCUCAGCGGUAGUGGGUAAUUCUGCGUGUGUGCUUGUGAGGGCUAUCAGGGAUAUUGAGAUAUUUGAGGAGAUUACGGUGGAUUAUGGGGCUGCUUAUUUUGCGCCUCGGGGCAGAGUGUGUAAAUGUGGGGAGGAAGGGUGCCGGUAUAAAGAGGAGGCAGAAGUUGGAGGGAGGGAGAGGGUGAAAGAAAACUUGAAAGGAGAAGAGGUGGGAGGGAGAAGGAAAUGCGUGUGGCUGCUUCAUGUACUGCACCAAGUUGCUAGGAGCUACGUGAACCUAGAUACUACCCCAAUUCGAAAAAUUUUCUACAACUCAGAAAGGCGGGAAGGAGGAAAUGCAAGUUAUACAAAACUAGGGAUAUCGCAAUCGUAG